CAACGCCACGCGCCUGUUCAGCACGUGCUGCACGUGUCCUCUGUCCUCUUGUCUGAUAGGCACGUGUUGCCAGAGAGGUGGAGAGGGGGAGUCGUGGUUAGGAAAACGAGCUGCGUGGCCGAAGCAGCGACAAGAUGGCGACGCGAGAGUUCUGGUUGCUCACGUCAUAUCUGUUGGUUGCCUUGAGACGGGCGUUGACGGUGACAUGGAUUCGGAUCAACAAGUUCCUCAUGAAGCCCGACUGGGUGAUUCGACCCGUGGCCGAUUUUCGACACAAGGUGGUUCUAAUCGGAGAUGGAUUCGCCGAGGGCGUCGGAGAUUGGGUUGUAAUGGGGGGAACGGCUGGCGUUACGCGGAUGCUCGAAAAGGAAGCGGGAUCGGAUGAAAAGGUGCGCACGUGCUGGCACAUCAUCAACCGAGGGCGGGCCGGGAGCUUAUCCUCCGAUUGGCUGCCAUCCGACCCAAAGUCGCUAUACCACCGGAAGGUGCAGUCUGAAGCCUGCAGGGACGCAGAGAUAUUCGUUGUGGCGCUGGGUACGAUGGACGUGGUCAACGAGUGCGUGGGCAUGCCCGUCUCAGCCAUGCGAAAAACCGCCCUCGACACCUUCGAGGAAGGAGAGAUCUGCGACACGGUCAAGAACCUCAGGGAGAUCUGCGAUGCUCUCAGGGCCGAAGGGAAGAAGGUAGUCGUUUGCAACGUGAUGACGUCCGGUGCUGGCAUCAACAGCCGCGCGGGCACAGCCAAGCGCAUCAACCGACAGCUCGCGCUCUACGGCAAGGCAACAGCAACAGCAACAAGAGAAACCGCAACCAAGGGCGGACAACCCGUGGAGGUGGUGAAGAUGAACAACCCUCGAGCGGCAAGAGAAGACGGCCGAGCUUUUGACGGCCUCCAUCUUAACGCCCGCGGGUACCGCGCGUUCGCCAGCGCGGUGUACGAAGUGGUAGGGCCGAUGAUGGUUGCCGUGGAGUGGAAGGUCUGGAAGUCCAAGCUAGCGGCGGGUUUGACCAACGGGGCUGGCGGCGCGGCCGUGGCGCCAAUCUCCGGAGAGGGCUUCGAGCCAAAGAGUAAGGCCAAGAAGAAGGCGGACUAACUGCCGUAGGUGACGUAAGAGUAUCAUCCCUCCGGGCCGAUUUUCAAAGCGCCAUUUCUCGGCUGGACGGUGCCGGAAAGCGCUGCGUUUGAACUGUCUUGUCGAGAGCGCUGAAGCUGUCUUGUCGAGAGCUUUCCGAAAAUGUGUCGUUUGACUUCGGCAUCCCCUCUUUGUCGUGGAACAACAGAGGUCUGAAAUUCGGCCCAGGUGGUGUAGUAUCUUAUGCAACCUAUGGUAGUUGGGGAGAGGCGAACCAUCGUUUAUGGUGGAACAUGAUCAGGGGAGAGGAUGAGACGUAGCUGGGGGCGGGGUAUGCGUUAUGGGGAGCGGCUGUGGCGGUAACGGAGAUGGGUACAGGAGCGUGUUUUGGGUGCCGAGACCUGUUGCGCAGGUUAUGCGCAUUGGGUUAUCGUGGCACGGACCUCCUGGCGACAUGCCGGUGAACCUCACGUAUCAGUGUCUCGGGGUUUGGACCAGCUAUGGGGCUUAUCGUUUUACUGUGCAAGAGCGUGGGAUGCGGUCAGGUGGUUCAUUAUGACCGCUCUCACCGGCUGGUAUUGCCCUUGGGCAUUUUUGGUGCACGCGUUCCGACGCCGGAGCAGAACAAAAAGCGAGUAGCUUGAUUGCUGUUGCACCUGCUGUGUCGACGUAUAUGUCGAAAGAGCUUGUCUUACGCGCGCGUAGAAUUAUUUCACCACUGGUGGUUUGAAACACCGAGGUUGCUGUCAAGAAGGCGGCAUGCUGUGUAGGAUGUACACACACGCGGAUGGACGAACAAAAACAGCGUGGAAGCGGGAAGCGUUCGUUGGAAGCGGGUUGAUGACACUUUCUUCGACCCGCCCCUAUCUGGCCUGCAGUUAUGACACAGCAAUACAUGCACAACC